CUGUGCUAAUGUGGUGUGGCAACUCGAACUGAUGUACGUACGUACGAAGUUCUACGUUGUUACUGACUGACUGACUGACUGAUACUUAUAUUAAGUCUGUAUUUAUUAACAUUUGAUAACUGUGGUCUUAUAUUAAUUACCAGUGAUUCAGGAUCCUUAACUGUUAUCAAUAUCCCUUCUAAAUCUAAAUUUCACCCUAUUAAAUUAGUGACAUAUAUCUCACACAUAUUACUAGAACCACCGAAUGCAUUUUGGAUACCAAUUAUUGUCCUGAAAAGUAUAUCGUACCAACCAACCUGAAGAAAUGGGAAAUGCAUGUACGAGAGUUAUGAUCUUGAGUGAGGCAAUAUUUAGUUUACGUGGACUAUCUUAUUUGUUUGUCCAUUAUUUUUUCAUUUAAUAGUCUCGCACAUUCGAUCCGGAUAGUGGACAUGGUGGUUCAUUCGAUUUUAAUGGAACACAACCUUCACCUCUGCCUAAUCGAUCGAGCUCACACAGACUAAGCGAAGGGGAUUCUAGUAUAAUUCAACAUCCUCAAAAUCCACGUCUUGUCCAAAUCAACAGUCAUUUAUACGCUAAUAUGGAGUCCAGUACCGACAGUCAUGUGUAUCAUUCAAUCUUAGUUGAUUCUAACAAUGAAUUGGGGCACCGCGGUAAGUCAAAUAUUAGAUCUUUAUUGUUAGCUAAUAAGUCUGAUUGCUAAAAGUGGGAUAAUCUGAUAUUAUCCAUAAUCAAAGUAUUCAUUUUGUGGAAACUAAAGGUAAAUACAAUUGGAAAUGAGAACUUGGUUGACAAGUGUGCGGUAACUGAGAUAAGAUUUAAUUACUUAUUCUGACUCACUGAUGAAUGUUAAUUUAAAGUGUUUCAUGAUAUACAUGAUGUUUUAUUGAAUGUGGCUCGUUUUUUAUUCCUUUACCUUAUGUUAUUUGUGUGUGUUGUUGACAGAUCUGUCAUGUUGCUUUAAAUUGCGCCGUGGUGAAUACUCUAAAUCAAAGACCCAGUCGGACUGUCUUGCCGUAAAUAGUUUGUUAAUUGAAAUCCCACCAGAUAUAUUGGUGGGAUAUCUUUAAGGUAAAAAAUAAAUGUAAAAUCCGAAGGCGAUGCCGUAUAUUCUGACGGAGGUGGAGUGAUAGUUUGAUCCCAGAGCUCUUUCAGGAUGAUAAACCGGGAGUGUCAAAAUGGAUACGAUUCAUUUAAGGCUUGAAAGUUGAAUGAGGCCCAAUUCGAUUAUUCCCGAUUCCUUAUCGUCUCAGUUAAAAACAGGCAAAACUCCUCUUGUGAUAAUCUUAGAAAAAUCAAUGUGAUUGAUGUAAUAUCUGAAACAUUAGCAUCUAUGAUCGUCGGACGUAUAAAUAGCACAGUAACAGCAUACUGUUAAGACGUCGAUAGAUUCACAACCCGGUUCGGGUUGUAUUAGCUAGAUAUUCACCACUCUUCAGGUUCCAGAGCACUUGCACAUGCAUAUGUAUGUGUAUCUACAACAUUCUUUUGGUUUAUAUAUAUAUCGUGGAACUCGAUUUUUUUUAAACUCCAUUAAGGUCACUGCUACACCGUCCUAAUAUGUUUCCGCAUUAAGUUCUAGCCAAUUUUGCUACUUGAUAAUCCGAUCUCGAAAUACUAUGGGUAAUAAGAAGCUGAUGAGGAACCAACAAGUUGAAACGAAAUCGGGUGACUCUGCUCUCCCUGUUUUAUGCCUAUUAACCACCACUUCUAAAGUUACUGCUGGUCCCAUUCCCGGUUAAAAAGGAGAGUUCGGCACGGGGUCUGCAGCCCCGUUCCGUAGAAAGAAAUCUUGCUAAAAAACGUCGACCACAUUAAUCAAAUUAAACCAUUUGAUCUCUGCCCUGGGAGUUGAAGGAUGAAUUAUGACGCCUCUUGAUGAAUGCCGAGAUUGUUCGGAAGUCACGAGGCCUAUGCUCCUAACAACCAGAGCAAUAAUUUUUAUAGGUACAUGAAACGUUUGGACCAGUCAAAUAACAACGGAAGUGAUGAGAUACAACUUGACGGUGCUCGAAAUAAGCGUGACCCAUCGGAUCCAAGCUGGACAGCAAACGCUAGAUACGGGAGAGAUGUUGUUAUACUCUGGUCACGAAGAAGAAAAUGCUCCACACACAGGGAGUCGCUCUGUUGCUGUCCAAAGAAGCGCGAAAUUCACUUAUAGGAUGGAAAUCUCUCGGAUUCGGGAUCAUCAAGGCAUCCUUUCAAACAAAAAAGAAGGGAAUCAUAAUUAAUGCUAUCCAGCGUUAUGCACCCAAUAAUGAUAGCAGUGACGACAAUGAAGAUCAGUUCUAUGAGAGGCUGCAAUCAAUUAUAGCGUAGUGUCCAGCAAAAGACCUGACCAUCCCGAUCAGAGACUUAAACUCCAAGAUCGGAAUGGACAACACCGGAUAUGAAGAUAUCAUGGGACGACAUGGACUGAGAGAGAGGAACGAAAAUGAUGAGAGGUUUGCGAACCUAUGUGCAUUCAACAAAGUGGUUAUAGGCGGCACAAUAUUUCCACACAACCGCAUACACAAUGCUACACGGGUCUCACCGGAUCACACCACGGAGAACCAGAUAGAUCAUAUUCGUAACAAUAAAAAAUUCAGAAGGACAAUGGGAGAUAUGAGAAUCAGGAAGGAGGGGAGCUGACAUAGCUUCGGAUCAUCAGCUGCUUGUGGCCAUGGUGAAACUGAACUAAAGAAACAUUGGACGUCUGGGGAAACAGCAGUACAAAGGUUCAAUACAAACUUCCUUUGAUAUACUAACAAACUCAACUAAUUCACGAUAACUCUCAACAGAAGAUUCCGAGCUUUACAAGAUCUACUCAAAGAAGAAACUACGAUGGCGAACAAUUGGAAAAGAAUCGAAGAAAAACAAGAAGACAGCAAUUAACAACAAUCGAACAAGAACAGAGAAAGUCGAAACAUAAACUGAAUACACAGAAGAAAACAAGCAAGUGAAGGGGAGCAUUAGAGCCGACAAGCAGAAAUAGUUGGGAGAACUAGCAACGACAGCGGAAAAGCUUCAAGAGAAGAAAAUGAGACAACUAUAUGACACAACAAAGAAACUAGCAGGGAAAUAUAGUAAACCAGAGAGACCGAUCAAGGACAAAGAAGGCAAAACAAUCACCGAGAUUCAAGAAUAGAGGAACAGAUGGGUAGAAUACUUCGAGGAACUCUUAAAUAGACCAGUCCCACUGAAUCCAACAGACAUCGAAGCAGCAUAUACAGACCUUCUUACAGAUGACACUCCGCCAACGACCGAAGAAAUCAGGAUGAUCAUCAGACAAGUCAAGAGUGGGAAGGCAGGAGGACCUGACAAUGUACCAGCUGAGGCAAUGAAGUCACACACAGAAGUAACUGAAAAAGUGCUCCACGUCCUAUUCAGGAAGAGCUGGGAGGAGGAACAAGUGCCACAGACAGACUGGGAAUAAGGAUUGCUCAUCAAGAUACCAAAGAAAGGAGAUCUGAGCAAGUGUGAGAACUACAGAGGCAUUACACUACUGUCAGUACCAGGAAACGUCGUCUUCAACAGUGUUGCUGAACCGGAUGAAAGACUCAGUGGACGCUCAACUUUAGGAUCAGCAGGCUGGAUUCCGUAAGGAUCGGUCGUUCACAGACCAAAUCGCCACACUACGGAUCACCGUUGAACAACCAACUGAAUGGAAUUCGUCACUAUGCACCAACUUCCUUGACUAUGAGAAAGCGUUUGACAGCAUGGAUAGAAGAACCUUAUGGAACUUUCUUUGACACUAUGGUGUAUCUGACAAGAUAGUCAACAUUAUACGGAAUUGAUACGACGGACUACAUUGCAAAGUCGUGCAUAGAGGACAGCUCACAGAUGCAUUACAAGUGAGGGCCGGUGUCAUACGAGGCUGCUUACUCUCCGCCUCUUUAUUUCUUCUGGUAGUUGGCUGGAUUAUGAAGACCUCGACAUCUCAGGGAAAUCACGGAAUACAAUGGACAGCUUGGAUGCAACCAGACGAUUUGGACUUCGCAGAUGACCUAGUUCUUCGACCCUGUACACACGAACAAAUCCAUACCAUGGCAGCCAGUGUAGCAGCAGCCUCAGCAUACACAAGAGAAAAAGCAAGGUUCUCAAACGUAACACGGAAAACACCGAACCAAUUACACUUAACGAAGAGGCCCUGGAACAGAUAGAAACAUUCACGUAUCUGGUCAGCAUCAUCGAUGAACAAAGAGGAUCUGGUGCAGACGUAAAGGCAAGGAUUGGCAAAACAAUGGCCGCAUUCCUACAGUUGAAGAACAUAUGGAACUCAAAACAUCUGUCAACCAACAUUAAAGUCAUAGUCUUCAAUACGAACGUCGAGAUAGUUCUAUUGUACGGAGCUGAAACUUGGAGAACUACCAUAACCAUCAUCGAAAAUGUACAAGCAUUGAUAAAUAAUUGUCUACACAAGAUACUCAAUGUCCUUUGGCCGGAUACCAUCAGCGACAGCCUACUGUGGAAGAGAAUAAAUCAGUUUCUAUCUGAAUAGGAAAUUAGGAAAAGACAUUCGAGGUGGAUAGGACAUACAUUACGGAAAUCAUCAAACUGCAUCACGAAGCAAGUGCUAACUUGAAAUCCUGAAGAGAAACGGAAAAGAGGAAGGCCGGAAAAACGCUACGUCAGGAAUAAGAAGCAGAAACGAGAAGGAUGAAUAGCAACUGGAAAAAACUGGAAAGGAUUGUCCAGGAUAGUGUUGGAUGGAGAGUGCUGUUGGGCAGUCUAUACUGCUCUGCGAUGUGUCACAGCGUAUUUUAGUAAGUAAGCAAAUGUACAACUCGCUUUUUAUCAAUUAUUUGGGAAGCUGUCCGGCUACAGCCUUUGAAAAGCAAAUAAAUCGUUGUUAAAUAAACCGGUUGUCUUUGUAAAUUAGUUUUAUUCUACCUGAUGCGUUUGAUCAUCAGUUAAUUGCAUAUUAAUUCACAUUUUUAUGAUGUAAUUGUAUAUUAGAAUACAGUGUGUCAGCAAAAACAUUUCAUCGAUAUUUUCUAAUUGUAAAUGUUUACUUUUUUCUUAUGGUAAGGCACAAUCUCUGAUACUGUGGUUUCUUCUGUUACCCCGACAAAGACAGAUUUAAUUAAAGGAGAAACUGAAAGCUUCAGUCGGUUCUCGACUACUUCUCAUAAUGAUUCGGGUAUGAUCACUGAAACCUCCCGUAUAGCUUCUGUUGAAAUAAACUCUCCAGCGGACACGUCAACUUCUGUUGGCCAUUUCGCAACACUAAAAACUACCCAGAUGAUGAGAGGUCUGUCUUUAGAACCAGAUGCUUCAAAUUCAGCUGCUGCUGUUGCUCUUGGCUUCACGCAACAGGGUUAUGGGAGAGGGAUGGCUAACUGGCGUGAUCAAAUGAAUGAACUUAAACGACUUCGAAAUCAACAUAAUAAACACCUAAAACAAGUUGAAGAUAAAAAUAAGCUUAAGGUACAGGUUGAUUAACGUCGAUAAAUAAUUGAAAUCGUUUUUGGGGUACAUACAAAUGUCUUGGGCUGUUUUUCAUUCUAUAGGUUGAGGAGGAAUCACUCAAAUCACGACUGAAUCGUGACUAUGAAGCAACAAAGUUAGCAAUGAGAAAAGAGUUCAUGAGAUUAGAAGAAAUCCAUGCCGCUGAAAUAGAAAAAGAGCGCAAAAGAGCGAUGUCAGUUGAAUCAAAAUUAGCACGUCAACUUGAAACUGAAACGAAAAGUGAACUAAAGUCGGCCAAAAAAUCUCCACUUGGAUCUUUUAGUUCACAUGACUCUGAUUCCAGCGGACAUUCCAACCCAUUAGAGGCUAUUCGGAAGCGACGGCAUGAUGUGUCGACAUUGGAAACGCGUAAGACAAAGCGUCUUCUCCUCACACAAUUGCAGGAUAUCGAGAUGGAACAAUUACGACAAUAUAUACGCCUACAACAGAAGGCAGCUGAAGAGAUUACUUCGUUGUUACUCAGACAGCACACAGAACUCGAAAAUUUAGAAAUUAACCAGUUAAAACGGAUUCAAGACCUACGCAUUAAUCAGCUUCAAAGUCAACAUGAAGCCGAAAUGGAAAAUCUGCAUCAAUAUUUUAAGCGCAUUGAGGUUGGAUUACAAAAGAGACAUUGUGAAGAAACAAAGAAUCUACCAAAAUAUCUGAAGCAAAAAGAAUUACAAAUUCGUAAACAGUUUCGUGAUGCUGCUCGGAUUCAGAAAAAGCAAUUCAAACUUUUACGUGAAGAGCGUUUAAAGGCUGCACGUCGAACUUCAGAGUUAGGAUCUUCUCCUUUUUCAGGAGCGUCAGAAUCCUGCCCUUCGUCUGGAUUAAUGUCAUCAAAUCCUAAUAAUUGCUCAGAUUCUGUUGAUCUCCAAGGUCAAUUUGUUAUACAUCUACAAGAUGAACGCCAGAUUUUGGAAAAUCUUAAAUUGGAGGAGAAACGUAAACAGGCUGAUUUAGAGGCACAGUACAAUAAAAGUAUUAGUGAACUACAUGAGCGUCAAAAUGAUAAAGUUGAAACAACACAUGCCCGCGAGAACAAAGAAUUUAAAGAAAGUCGUGUAGAAGGAGUCAAAAUUCUUUCUAAUUUUCAAGAGAAACAACGGCGUGAUAUGCUCAAACAGCAUCAACGCCAAAGAGAGGAUUUAGAGAAUAGAAUUCGUGCCCGGAAAGAAUCACUGGAAGCUGCGAUGAAAAAAAAUGCUGAGUCAACCAAGGAGGAGUCACGAAGAAAGACAAGGCGUCUGAUGGAACGCCACGCCGAAGCUCUGCGCGCCUUCGACAUCGAAACUGCCAACCUCGGAAUCGACAAUGCUGCUGUUGUUGGUGCAUCUGCGAGGAUUUCUGGAUCAUCAGGAGUCUCCGGCGGAUCUUCAAGUAGCAGUACAUCGUUCUCUAGCUCCAGUGGACAGCGUCCUUCAGACUGGCGACACAGUCGUGCAGAGUUCCUCCCAUCUUAAUAAAUCCAAAGCAGUCGUGGCUUCGGCACCUGUAUAUUAAUUUACAAGAAAGCUCGUUCAAUCCCAUGAAGCUGCCAUAUCAGUAUAUGCAUUUGACAGUUUCACCAUACGUUCUCAGGCUUGAUCUGCAAAUCAGAAGUUCAUACCGUGUAUUUUUCUAUACAGAGAUAGUUGUAUAAGCAAUCACAUCAACUCGUCAACACAACCCUGUAUAUGUUAACAACCGGUCAACUAACCACCCCUCCCCCGUAAUUUCGAGAACAAUCACAACCCGUCUUUCCAGUUAUUAUCGUAAUUUAUUUCUGCGAUUCUUACAGUAUGCGGCUUUUAAUGUACAGUUCAGAUGUAAUCGACAAAACAAUUUCAAAAAUCACAUGCAAAAUACAUCCAAGCUAGCUACAUUUUUUGUAUUAUUGGCUCCUAAUUUUA